ACUUCCGGCGUUAGCUGCAAAGCCCUGUAAAGGCGGAGGCGGUCUACCUCGUGACUUGCGCCGUCUUCCCCACUCCGCCCAUCCACAUCAUUCAUUCAUUCCCAUCUACUCUACCUUAUCUACUCCAUACUCCACCCUCCUUCCAUAUUCCCCUCAUUCACCCGUCCUUCCAUCUCGCUAUUUGGGAUCUUGUUUACCAUCCUCGUCGACAGGUGUCGAUCCUUCUAAACAGCGACUUAGCCAAGAUCAUCACGUCAUGGCAGCGGAGCUCACUUCCACCAAACUCAAUGCGGAGAAUCAGCUUCUCCUGGACCAACCUCUCCUUCGGCUACCACAUGAACUCGCGCGACGAAACUUCAAAUCUGUACAGCGACUCGUUGAGCGUGAAAGAGAACAUGUCCUCCCCGCACUCAAAGAAACGGCGAAUGCAUCGCUGUCCAACAACCAGACGCCCGAUCAGACACUUGCUGCACUCGACGCCAUGAUAUCCCGCAUGCAAGGUCUGAAACGAAAGAUGGAGAAUCUACACCAGGAGGAGCGGAGAAUUCAUGACCAGUCGAAGAAACGCAUACAGCAUCUGGAGAGUCUCCACCAGAUCCCGAGCCUUGCCGACGUCAAGUAUGACCAGUGGUCAAGAGUCCGUUUAGACAGGCUCGUUGUGGAUCACAUGCUGCGUUCGGGAUACACGGAGAGUGCUCAGCAACUAGCUCAAGAAAAGGACAUCGAGGACCUGGUCGAUCUAAAUGUGUUUGUGCAGUGCCAACGGAUUGCCGAGAGUCUGCGCCGUGGCGUGACCAAGGACGCUCUGCAGUGGUGUAGCGAAAAUAAGGCUGCCUUGAAGAAAAGCCAGUACAACCUGGAGUUUGAGUUACGCAUGCAGCAGUACAUUGAAAUGCUUCGGACUGGGAACAAAGAGAAGGUUGUCGAGGCGAUGAUGCAUGCACAAAAAUAUCUGUCGUCUUAUAUUGAGACACAGUCGGCUGAAAUCCACCGGGCUGCGGGUCUUCUUGCUUUCCCCAAGGAUACUAAAGCUGAGCCGUACAAGUCGAUGUAUUCUUCCGAUCGUUGGACUCAUCUCUCCGACCUGUUCGUGCGCACUCAUCAUGAACUCCUGUCUUUGCCUUCGCGGCCCCUCUUACACAUCGCCCUAUCGGCGGGGCUCUCGGCUCUGAAGACCCCAUCAUGCCACUCUGCCUACACCUCUUCAAGCUCCAACUCUUUGUCCACUACAACGUCGGUGUGCCCUAUAUGUUCAACCGAGUUGAACGAACUCGCGCGGAAAAUGCCAUACGCCCACCACGCCAAGAGCUACGUGGAAAGCGAUCCAAUCGUUCUGCCCAAUGGUAGGAUCUAUGGCCAGCAGAGACUACUGGAAAUGAGCAAGAAGGUUGGAUGUGUCGAAGCAGGCAAGGUCAAAGACCCCACCACUGGGGAAGUCUUCGAGGAAAGAGAGAUGAAGAAGGUUUAUAUCAUGUAACCGACGACGACGGUGGGCCGUCAGCGUGAUGCACGGGCAUGACGUACUGUACAAUUAAUCCAACGGUUACGCUUAUACAGUGCUCUAAUCACUGUCACUCUCAGAGGCGUCUCUCGAUCUCUUUGUUCCCGCGUUACCGUUCCUGCCCGAGGAAUUAGGGUUCCUCCUAGGCGCGGGACGUUCUUCCUGCUUGACCUCAAACACGUACAUCCUAGCUUCUCUAUCCUCACCUCGCCAGCCGCCUCUUCCUCCAUGCUUUCCUUCGAUGUCCCCAAUGGUCCGAGCAUGGGAGUAAUCUUUAUAGGAGCCCCAUGGGAAUUUGAAACUUGUAACAACCUUCAGACCGGCGUGGCGUGCUAGGUCCCUGAUGUUCCAGAGGGUGUAUGGCUCGCCCUCGAACAUGGUUACUAAGAUUUGCCCAGGCUCCGUCCUUACUUGGCUUUUGGCUGAAUCCGGAGCGUCCGCCGAGGGAGAAUCCUGCUCAUUCAAGUCCGAAUCUUCUUCGUCGUCGUCGCUAUAUUCCCACUCGUCCUCGUCAACAUCUCGGUCGACCGUCUGAGGCGAGGACAGUAACGGGACGCAGGCUUUGAAAAACGCCACCAGCAAUUCCUGAUUGGCGCGGACUUGUCGGUUGACAUCGGUUGACAGGCCACCGACAUGGGGGAAAUUAAAGCAGAUGAUAUCCCACGGUCCGCCUUUCGUUGCAGCGGAUGACGGUCCCUCCUUAGCCUCUAUCCAAGCAGGGCGUUUCCGCUCCCGCCGAUAGAAGCCCUGGCGGACGUCCUUGCCACCCCCGGCCGCUAGCCCAAGCUUCCGGGCGUCGACUGAAAAGAGGACAUUCGGUCCUCGAUUCUUUUGAAUGUUGCCGGGAGCCUUCCUGUCCUCGGCCGCAACAUGACCAGGACCUUCUUGGUCGGUCUGGUCCUUAUUGCUCACAGCUUCACCGCCAGCCUUCUUCUUCGAGAAGGCGCCGAGAAUCUCACUGAUCGUUCCUUCUGUUUUGGGGUAUUUCUCACAGAGCAUCUCUUUAGAGUCAUAGCAGGUAGCCAACACAUGCCGGCAGCGAUGCUGCGUCACCAAAGAGCGCGCAAAGGAGAAGUCUCCUACAGAUUGUCAGUAGGCAGAACAACUCGACAGUAUGGUUUUUUCUGCUUUUUUUUUUUUUUUUUU